AUUUUGUUGGUUAGAAAACGAGUAUAACGUACUAACAGGUGAGAUUCAACGCGCUACAUGGGUCCUACUUAAUAUGGAGAGAACAUUGAAUCGGAUCAAACAAGUGGCAAACCUCAUAACGCAGGAGGAUAUCAGUAAACCGCCCGACUGUAGUGCAGUGCAACCGGAGGGAGAGGGAUCUAGUAAUUCGUGUACAAAUAUGAAUAUGGCCGAUCGGUUGGCGCAAUACUUCAAAGAGCAACCAGUAGUACAAAUCAAGUUUUCCAACGGAACUUCUCUUGUAAGUGGUUGCGAUGGAAUCAUCGAUGAGACUCCUCAACCGGAACGUUAUAAAGUCAUUAAAUCUUGUCGAGAAGCUACUAGUUCUGGUAAAUAUGUAUUGAAAUUGGAUAGUACAGACGAAGGUUUUCCCGUGUUGUGCGACACGGAAUACGAAAGCGGAGGUUGGGUUGUCAUACAGCACAGGUUCAACGGAAUUGUAGAUUUCUAUAGAAAUUGGGACCAAUACAGACAAGGAUUUGGAGAAUUCGAUAGUGAAUUCUGGCUGGGAAAUGAUAAGAUUCAUCGGUUAACAGCUACUCAACCUCGGGAGAUUCACUUCUUGCUAGAAGAUUGGGAAGACAACUCAGCCGACGCCAAAUUUUCAUCCUUCCAAAUAGGAAACGAAACGGAAAAAUACAUUUUGAAAAGCUUGGGAACGUUUACUGGCACGGCGGGUGAUUCCUUGACGCGAGUCCUAAAUUCAAAGUUCACCACCAUGGAUCAAGACAACGAUAACAGUACUUCCAACUGCGCUGUUACGUAUCACGGUGCCUGGUGGUACAGCAAUUGUCAUUGGGCUAAUCUGAACGGAAAAUAUGUCAAAGGAACUACAACUGAAUAUGCAACCGCGAUGUGCUGGAAUAGCUGGAAGGGGUAUUACUAUGGAUUGAAAUCGUCCAAGAUGUUAGUGCGUGUCUGAAAUGAUUUCACAGUAAGCAAGAAGUCAAUUGGUAAUAAAUGUACCUACCUAUGUACGGAAAGUUGUU